AUGGUUCCAUAUGUCUUGUGAACUAAAAUUAACGGUUUAAAAAAUUUGUCGACAAUAAACACACGUGGUUUAGGAUCAACAAAGUUUACAUAUAAUUAUUUUUUAAAAAAUUGUUAACGAAGUUCAUGAAUUAAUUUAUUUAAUUUCGCUGUAUGAACUACAUUUUUUUGUAUCAAUAUGUUGUCUGUAGAUAUAUGUCAUGAUAUUUUAGCUAUUCGCUGCAUUGAUAGUUAUAUAUUUGUAGGCAUUGGCACUAAAUUACACGUCUUCAAUAGUAUUGAUUUCAAGUGUAAAUUAAUAACUGAUACUGAUCAUCAAGAUAUUAUCCAUGAUAUUGUGAAAAAUGGUUCUGAUAAAUUAAUUAUUUUUGGAGGAAAAUAUUUAAGUAUUUUUUCAUAUAAAAUAAAUCAAGAUGAAUUAAUAGUAAACAAAUUGUCUACUCAUAUUUUUAAUGACUGGAUAAUCAGCUCGAGUUUUUAUUCAAUAAACAAUACAGAAGAUAUUUAUAUUUUGUUUGCUCAUAAUAAUUUAUAUUUGUACAAUACGUCGUCCAAAGAAUAUACUAAUGUAUUAUGUGAAGAAAAAUGUAUACUAUAUUGCGGUUUUAUUUCUGCAGAAAAAGAUCAAGUUGUUAUCUUCAGCGGUACAGUAUUUAAAGAAAUAUUAAUAUGGAAAGUUAAUAUUAAAAUUGAUGUAACAAAAGAUAUAAAUGUGUUAUAUCGUUUAAAAGGACAUAAGGGUGUAAUAUUUUCUAUUUUUUAUGAUGAAAAACAAAAAUUAAUUACCACGACUUCCGAUGAUAGAACAAUAAGACUAUGGGAAAUUGAUAAUAAAAUGAAUGAGACGGAAAAUUAUUGGGAUAAUUUAAUAAUUAGUCUUAAAGCAACGAUGUUUGGUCAUACUGCUCGAGUAUGGAAAUCUUUGAUUGUUAAUGAUAAAAUAAUUAGUGUAGGAGAGGAUUCAUAUAUUUUUAUUUGGACACUAGAAGGAAAAGUAUGUAAUAAAAUAAUAGCACAUGAAGGCUCAGCAGUUUGGACUCUUGAGAUAUCAAGAGACAAAUCCACAAUAUUUACUGGUGGAGCAAACGGUGGCGUUAAUUGCUGGCCAUUGAUAAAUGAUGAGACCACAGCUUUGCUUCCUAAGCUGUCAUUUAUAGAUAAACAGAUACCAAAAUAUUUAUCGUACUUAAAUAAUGGCGAUCUUAUUGUUUUUUUAGACAGCGGGCAAUUAUUGACAUACGAUAAACAGCUUUGCCCAAAAGACUCAAUCAUUUUACCGAAAUACAAAAGCUACUGCUUAAUGCAGGUGUCGUCCAAUCGUAAACUAAUUGCUUUUGCUUCCAAAGACGGAUAUGUGGACGUAUUUCAUGAAGUUAAUGACAAAUUAGAACUUUUUAAAGACCCGGAAAAAAUAAUCGAGUCAAAAAUUUAUUCAAUUCAAUGGCUGGAUGAUAAUUCAAUGCUGAUAUGUGGCGACAAGGGUCAUCUAAAAGUUAUUAAAAUUGAUGUUAAUAAUAAAUUUAAUGUUCAAUGUGAAUUUACUUUGCCAUCAAGCCGGGAGUGCUGGACUACAGCAGCGAUAAAGUUUAAUAAUUUAAUUAUUUGCGGCGAUCGCGCUGGAAAUGUUUAUGGAUUUGAUAUAAAAUCCGAUAGUAGAACUCCGCAGUAUAAUUUUAGUAAAAUCCAUGGACGUCUGGGUGUACAAUCAUUCGGAUCAAUGAACAAUAAAUUACUAAGUACUGGUCGUGACGGUACUUUAAGAUUUUAUAAACUAAUAGUAAAUAAUAAUGAUGAAAAUAAUACAUUAUUAAAAGUACUCGAUGGUAAAAAAAUGCCAAUGGAAUGGGUCAGCAGAACUCUUAAGACAAAUAAUGAUUUAUAUGUUAUUGGAUUCAAGGAAAUUGAAUUUAUUAUUUAUAGCAUGCGAUUUAAUAGACUCGUUUUGAGGAUAACAUGCGGUGGUGGACACAGAUCAUGGGACUGUAUUUAUAUAAACGACGUCAUUAAAUUUUCUUGUAUUAAAAAUAAACAAGUUUACAUGACAGACAAUAUAUUAUGUCAAUUCAGUGAUACAUUGAUCACCGGUUUUCAUACUAAAGAAAUCCAUUCUGUUGAAAUAUUGCCGGUGUCAAAUAAAAAUCACAUGAUUUUUAUAUCUGCGAGUGAAGACUGUACAUUACGUUUAAGUAAUUUGCAAUUAUCGUUAACGAAUGAAAUAAAAUUAAAUUACUUGGAUACAUAUCAUGGUCAUAUUUCAAAUGUUAAAGCUAUUGCUGUUGUUAAUUUGAUUGACACAAAUGAAGAAACUAAAAAUUUGGUGUUUACUGUUGGUGGAAGAGCACAACUUAAAGUUUGGGAAAUAACUGUAGAUAUAGAUAAAAAUAUUCUGACGAAUGAUGACGUCAGUGUCGUUGAAUUAGCGACAUUUAUGAUACGUGAUAUUGACAAAUGUAAACGAAAAACUUUUCAACAAAAGCAACAGACUUAUUUUAUUGAUCCAGAAACGCGUUUUAUGGAUGUAAGGGCAUAUUUAAAUUCGGAAAAUAAAAUUAUUGUUUUUAUUGCUUGUUCUGAUGGAUACUUAAGAAUUAUGUCUUAUGAUAUUUCUUUACAUGAAAUUAAACUGAUAAAUGAAAUUUCUUAUUACAAUCGUUGCAUAAUUAAAAUUCACAGUUUUUUACAUGAAAAAGAAUUAAUUCUUAUCAGUAUGGCUACUGAUGGAUUUAUCAACCUGUGGUCUGUAAAUUCGAUAAUUUAUUCUGAUGAUGGUGAUCGUAAAAUUGUCAAAGAACCAUUUAAAUUGUGGAUUGCACAUCAAUCUGGUAUUAAUAGUUAUGAUUUUUGUAAGAAAGACAAAAAUUAUUUAUUGUUAACAGGAGGUGACGAUAAUAAAAUUUGUUUAACGAUAUUUAAUAUUGUUGAAUUACAAAAUAAAGUACUGGAUGCUAAAAUAAUUGCUGAUUGGAAUUCAACAUUGAUUCACUGUGCUCAGAUAACAGGUGUCAAAUUUUAUGGAGAAAAUAAUUUUGCAAGUGUCGCAAUAGAUCAGCGAAUAGUAAUGUAUCAUUACUCACUAACUAAUUCAAUUUUAUCAGUAACUCCAUUAAUUAAAUUAAUAAAAUUAACUUCUGUUGCUGAUGUUCAUGGUAUAACAUUCGUAUCAAAUGUUAAUGACAAUAAACCAUUAGCUUGUGUUUAUGGACAAGGAAUAGAAGUAAUAGAAUUUGAAAAACAAAAUUUAAAUUAAAACAAUAAAAUAUUUUUUAAAUUUAA